CACAACACCUCCCCCCCACCUCCUCCCUCUCCCUCUUUUCUCUUUCCUCCCCACCUCCUCCCUCCCUCCCUUCCUCUCUCCAGUCUUGCAAUACCCUUUUGCCCCUGCGUGCCCUAGUUUUUCCCUCGACCGCCGUCCGGCGCCGGCCGGACUUUCCCUCUAGCAUCCAAUAUCCGGCGCCGGCGUCUCAACGUCUCUGCCGCAGAUGGUAAUCUGUGCUUGCCACUGCCAGUUUGAAACAUAGAGACGUGGAAUGAUGGCUGUUCACGAACCUGCUAAGCGUCAGUUAAUUGAAAGCAGUGAUGAUGAUGAUGAUCGUCCUUUGACAUUCAGAAGAGGCAGCAUAUCCUCCAAAACAAAACAGUUGGAUCCAUUGGUGAGUCGGCCACCACUGAAAAAGCCUACCACUGAUAUACGGGCUCCUAGUGCUCAAAACUCAAAUUUGCAGGCAGAUAAAGGUGUGUCAUCCACAAAAGUAGUGGUGAAGAAGCUGUUUCCUGCAACUUCACAGGCGUCUUCUCUUGUGUCUUCUCGAUCAGAUGCAAAUCAGUCAUCAAGUCAAGCCAAUAAGACGAAGGUUUUGAGCAGGCCUUCAAAUGCACCAAGUAUCGAUUCUGAUGAUUCAGAUGAUGAUAGGCCAUUGAAUUUCAGAAGAACAAUGCUUACCAAGGUAGUUACUAAACCUAAGCCAGAAAACUUGAUUGACUUGAAAAAGGAAAAAAUAAGUCCAACAGCCUCAUCAGAAGAUUCUGAAGACGAUAAACCAUUGGCUCUGAGAGCAGCAGUAAAGCCUUCAAAUUCUGCUGGCAUUUCUAUUAAACCUGAGAUAGACUCAGAUGAAGAAGACAAAAAGCCUUUGUCUUAUAAAUUGCAGCAAAAUGGUUCUGGCAGAGGCCUAAAUGGUCAACUGACUUCAAAAGCAAACAGUGAUAUGAAGAAGAGGCCAUUAGAUGAAGCCAAUAGGUCUUCUAGUGUUCCUUCAGCUAAGAAGGCAAAAACAUCUAGUAUCUCUUUACCAGCCAAGGUUAAAGUAGAAACUGGGGUUAAGAGAGAACCAAGAGAAUCAUUUGAUGAUGAAGACUAUCAUCCUAUUGCAAAAGGGAUGAAGAAAUCAGUUGCAGAUGGUAAUAAUUCCCUUGCUAAAAAGGCUCCAGCAAAAGUGGCAACUUCAAUAAAAAAAUCAACAAAAAAACUUAAGAAGACAUUGAAGAAUUCCAAAUCGCAGUAUGGUAAGUCUGCAAAAGUUCCACCAGGGUCAGGCGGCGGCAAGAAAUGGACUACCUUGGAACACAAUGGGGUGAUAUUCCCCCCUCCAUAUAAGCCUCAUGGUGUAAAGAUGCUUUAUAAUGGAGAACCAGUUGAUUUGACUCCUGAACAGGAGGAGGUUGCAACGAUGUUUGCUGUGAUGAAAGAUACAGAAUAUGCAACAAAAAAGACAUUUAUUGAAAAUUUCAUGAACGAUUGGAGAGCUAUACUUGGAAAGAAUCACAAAAUCAAAAAAUUUGAGCUAUGUGAUUUUACCCCGAUCUAUGAUUGGCAUCAGAACGAGAAAGAAAAGAAGAAACAGAUGAGCUCAGAGGAGAAAAAAUCUCAGAAAGAAGAAAAACUGAAACAGGAGGAGAAAUACAUGUGGGCUAUUGUUAAUGGCGUGAAAGAAAAGGUCGGCAACUUUAGAGUUGAACCACCUGGACUUUUCCGUGGUCGUGGAGAACAUCCUAAGAUGGGAAAAUUGAAAAGGCGUAUCAUGCCGAAAGACAUUACCAUCAACAUUGGAAAAGGUGCUCCUAUCCCAGAAUGUCCAAUUCCAGGACAAAGCUGGAAGGAGGUAAAGCAUGACAACACAGUAACAUGGCUAGCGUAUUGGAACGAUCCAAUUAACUCCAAAGAAUUUAAGUAUGUCUUCCUUGCGGCUAGCAGUUCUUUGAAGGGGCAAAGUGACAAGGAGAAGUAUGAGAAAGCAAGAAAGUUGAAGGACUACAUUGAUGACAUAAGGAAAACUUACACAAAACAUUUCAAUCCAAAAACAGACAUUACACAAAGACAAAUAGCAGUUGCAACUUACCUUAUUGACAAGCUCGCUCUCAGGGCAGGAAAUGAAAAGGAUGAUGAUGAAGCAGAUACCGUGGGUUGUUGCACUCUGAAAGUGGAAAAUGUUACAUUGCGACCUCCUAGAUCACUUGAGUUUGACUUCCUUGGGAAAGACUCAAUCAGGUAUAGGAACACAGUAGAAGUUGAGCUUCCUGUAUAUGAAGCAAUUGGGAGAUUCAAGGCCGGUAAGAAAGAGGGAGAUGAUCUCUUUGACCGGCUGGAUACAACCAAACUAAAUGCACAUUUGAAAAACCUCAUGCCUGGACUUACGGCAAAAGUUUUCCGUACAUACAAUGCCUCCAUCACAUUGGAUACGGAGUUGCGGCAAGAGGAAGCUACUGGUAGCUGGCAAAUGAAAUCUGUAGCAGAAAGAGUUUCUGCUUAUCAAACUGCAAAUAAGAAGGUUGCAAUUAUCUGCAAUCAUCAGCGAGCUGAAUCAAAAUCACAUGCUGCACAGAUGGAAAAAUUAUCUGAGAAGGCUGCCAAAGCACAGGAAGAACUGGAAGCACUGGAAGAGGACCUCCGCAGAGCGAAGAAAGGGAAGCCCCCGCUAAGAGAUCCAGAUGGAACACCGAAAAAAUCAUUGGCGCCUGAAUCGCUAAUGAAGAAAAUUGCAUCAUGUAAAGAAAGAAUAGAAAAGAUAGACAGGGAUAUAAAAACUAAAGAGGAGAUGAAAAAUGUUGCCUUGGGUACAUCAAAGAUCAAUUAUAUGGAUCCACGGAUUUCUGUUGCGUGGUGUAAGCGUAAUGAGGUUCCUAUUGAGAAGAUUUUCAACAAGUCACUUCUGGCCAAGUUUGCAUGGGCCAUGGACGUGGAGCCUGAGUACAGCUUCUGAUUUAUGAAAAUCUUGAAGGUACCACAGAAAAUUUCAAGACACAAAUAUAAAUCCCUCAUGAUGCAGAUCGAAAUUUAGAGUCCCCCCUUCAUACGCAUCAACAAUGUGAUUCUUUCGUUUGGAGAAAAUUCUUUGGUGUUUGCUCCAUGGUUGAGGCCAACCCAUGACCAGUAGCUGGAGACAAGGAAGCCUUCAAUCGAACAUUGUAUCAUGCGACUCCUUUCUCUACGUCCCAAAAUAUGUAUUGGCAUUAGCUACGUUCAAAGUAAAGGUCUUCUCUUUCGUUA